GCUAAAUAUUCUACAAGUUAUUGAUACAUUAUCUUAGUGUGCUUCAUUGAGAGACAUGGUUUGGAGAGAAACAGAAUAGGCUCGAGUGCAACUACUAUCUUACAGAACCAUGUCUGCAGUGCUCAGCAACACAUGCCAGCAAACAAAAGAAAGUUCAAAAAGAAAUGAAAUUGCACGUCGACGAUGGAAGAUACUUGCACGUGCCCUUCAAAGAAGUAGCGAGGGCGAGACAAAUGAAGAUGAAGAUGUAUCUGUUCGACGCUUCACCUCAUUUCAUCUUUUCACAAUGAAAUUGUUACCAUCUUAUAAUAAUUCCACUAGCUCUGUGGCAUCAUGGUCAGAGUACUCUGUAGUUGUUGCACGUGAAAAAUAUUCCAUAUUUAUUCGCCACCCCUUUCCAAAUUUCACAGCCACAGAACUGAUGGGAUUCAAUAAUACAGGAAAUAUUUGUAUUUGGCCUUCAGAAGAAGUACUAGCAUUCUACGCACUGUGUAACUUACAACAGUUUGCUGGGAAAACAAUUCUUGAACUAGGGGGUGGCAGCACUUGUCUUGCUGGUCUUUUCCUUGCUAAAUAUUCAUCAGCUUUCAAGAUACAUCUUACUGAUGGAAAUGAAUCUGCCAUGAAAAAUGUUCAGUAUAUUGUUGAUCGUAACUUUCCACAGGGAAAUGACAGACUUGUAUGUUCUGUAUUAGAAUGGGGAAGCUUUUGGAGGCUAGCUGUUAAUCAGCAUAUUAAGCCUUAUGACAUAAUACUGUCUGCUGAUUGUUUGUUCUUUGAUGAAGCAAGAAAUGAUUUAGUAGAGACUAUAUGGACAGUCUUGAGUGAAAAUGGGACAGCUUUUGUAAUGGCACCGCAGAGGGGUGAUACAUUUGACAAGUUUAGACAAGAGGCAAAGGCAAGGGGGUUUAUAUGUUCAAGCAAAAAGCAUUACAGUGAUCAUGUUUGGAACAGACACUUACAGGUCAAACAAAACUGUGAUUAUGAUGAAAAUAUCCAUUAUCCACUGCUACUUAUUUUGAAAAAGUCUAUGCCAGCAGAAAUUGGAGACCAAUUCAACCUCUAGGGAUUAUAUCUUGCCUUUACAGAAAUUAAUGAAAUGUAUUAAAAAGUUACAAAAUUUCAGAAGUAAUUAUAUUUGAUCAUUUUACUGA